AUGCAAGGGAAGGAUCCAGUAUCCGCGCGGUUAAUGGGCUCCACUUACACAACCCGUUAUAGGACAGAUGUAACAGAUAAAAGCACUCUUAUACGCCUUCUACUUCUCAUUACUUUCUGGACGAGAUAUUUCCUCAGCGAAAGAUAACUCCAAUUAUCCAAUUUAUCCAAUAACUUGUUUCAAUAGGUCUAGUUAUUGCUUACCAAAUCGUUGCCUUUAAUAUGUCUGAAGCUAGUUCGAUAGCUUCAACAGCCGAAAGCGAAUAUCAGGGAAACGGCUUGGUGGUUAAGAGUUCCCCAUUUGGACUCGAGAAAAUAUACGACUAUGAGGAAGGAGGUCACCACCCCGUCCAUUUGGGCGAUAUUCUACACUCUCGCUACAAGGUAAUCCAUAAACUGGGAACCGGCGGUUACGCAAACGUGUGGCUCUGCCGCGACAACUCCAGUGAUACGCCUAAAUAUGUAGCUAUGAAGAUCAUAAUAGGAGAACAAUCCACCAAGGACUGUCCUGAGCUGCGAAUGAACAAACUCCUAGGCCGUGGAUCAGAUAAACUUCAAAGUCCGGAUUAUUUCUGUCUUCCAUUAGACCAGUUUGAGAUCAACGGACCGAACGGCAUACACCUUGCUUUCGUGUAUCCAGUUUUAGGUCCCCGAGUGUCAAGGCUACCCAGUGUCGCCCAGUCUGAUGAUCCAGGAGAAUUAUUGAAAAGGAUCUGUCUGCAGGUGACCCAAGCUAUGGCUGAACUCCAUAGGCGAGGCGUCUGUCACGGUGACUAUAGGCCGGCCAACAUUCUGGCCCAAAUAUCGGGUCUAGAUGGGCUCUCAGAGGAUGAAGUAAUUGCAAAUCUCGGGAUACCUAGCACAACGAAAGUGGUCACGCUUUCCGGUGAGGGCCACAACUUACCAACGGCCCCUCAAUAUCUAGUAUACCCCGUGGACUGGGAUUCAACAGCGGCGAAUACCACAAUACUAUACUUCAUCUCCGACAAGGUCCGCAUCAUCGAUUUCGGCGAGAGCUACGAUAUUGCUGCCCCCGUCGCAGACCUGGGUAUACCACAGGCUUAUUGCUCUCCCGAGUACACUUUGGAAGGCAAAGUCGGUAUUGGGUGUGACUUAUGGGCCCUCGGUUGUACGUUAUUCGAGAUCCGUACGGGGAGGAAGCUAUUCGACACGUAUGACGACGAAUCCGACGAACACUUGUGGAAGACGGCCAUGGUCCUCGGCAAGUUUCCAGAGCCCUGGUGGUCCGAAACUUGGAAGGCACGUAGGGAUUACUUCGAGGACGAGGCGGAUGCGGGGAAUCGAGUAAUAGAGGUACGCAGAGGUUCUAACGAGAGGAGCUCAGGUCCCGGCGCUGUAGGUGCGCUGGUUAUGCAAAGGUCACAACCAAGGUCGCUACAGGAGACGCUUGCUCAAGGCCUAUUCUACGAGAAUAGUCACGGCCCGGGAGGGAUUCAGCGAGGUAUUCCUCAGAGGGAAAUCGAAAUCUUUUCGGACCUUCUCUCGAAAUUACUAACGUAUACCCCUGAUAACCGCUCUACAGUCAGCUGCAUACUAGACCAUGAUUGGUUUAAACCUGGUUUUUGAGAUAUUUUGGCCUUCUGGAUUUUCGACUAUAGCUUAAUUUCAGUCAGAAGGUGUUAAGGCUAGAAGCAGUCGUCCUAAGUCGUGGUAUCACCCAAACCGUGCAAA